GCUUGUGGAGGUACAAAUAAUCCUUAAAUAAGAUGAAGCAUCUUCAGAGAAGCAGGUGCUAAAAAGCAGUCAGGAACAGCGCCUGAUUCCUUUGAGCAUCUGACUGUGACAACAUGCCCCGGCUUGCAUCUUCUUGUUUAAGAGCGCUAGGUGACUCCGUGCAUUGCGCAUGAGGGCGGGCGGACCGGAUUCGGAGAGGAGUCAACGAGCAUCUUUUAAAAAAACAAAACAUAAAUUUACACAGACCCGGGAUCUGUUAGGUGUGAAGGAGUGAAUGUCAUUGGGACGUCACGGUGUCAGAACACAAAAGAAGGGUGAACUGUCACUUGAAUGUUUCACCAGGUAUGUUCUCUGAAGAAUGGGGCAGAAAUCACGAGGGUCAACAGCGGCCUGUGAUCACUAAUAUCAGCUUUAGUCAGCUGUCAGAGGACGACCGAAGAGAGAGGAGAAAAUCUCACAGUACCCAUGGCACAGAGGGAUCUGUUCCUGAUGAUCGCUACCACAGGAUUUAUUUCGCCAUGCUAUUGGCUGGUGUCGGCUUUUUACUGCCGUACAACAGCUUCAUUACAGAUGUGGACUACCUCCACCACAAAUUUAAAGGGACUUCUAUUGUGUUCGAUAUGAGUUUGACGUAUAUACUAGUGGCUCUAAGUUCUGUCCUUUUGAACAACAUGCUAGUGGAGAAACUGAGUUCAAACACGCGCAUCUGUGGAGGAUAUCUCUUUGCUUUGGGACCUUUGGUGAUCGUGAGCGUUUUCGACGUUUGGUUGGAGCUGUUUGACACUCAUCAAUCCUACGUUCUCACUCUGGUCGCAGUGGCUGUAGUUGCAUUCGGUUGCACAGUGCAGCAGUCCAGUUUCUAUGGAUACACAGGGAUGCUGCCCAAGAGGUACACACAGGGCGUGAUGACUGGAGAGAGCACUGCAGGAGUUAUUGUUUCUCUGAGUCGGAUUUUUACCAAGCUUCUGGUGGAGGAUGAGAAGAGCAACACCAUCAUCUUCUUCCUCUUCUCCGUUUCAGUAGAGGCAUUCUGUUUUCUAUUGCAUGUGGUAGUGCGGCAAACCAGGUUCGUCCAAUAUCACACAGAAAAAGCUCGCCACGGCCACACCUGGUUCACGGGACAGAUUCAUGACAACCCACCUCGGAAACGCAGUGGGUAUCAGAUACAGUAUGACAGCGGUGCAGAAGAAGAGGAUAGAGUUGCGACAAGCUCAGUCGAUGAUGCUGAUGGAGUUCAUCUAGGAAACUGUUCCCAUGAAGAUGCCAUAUACGUCAGAUUUGAUGGACCUAAAGAAGAUACCAGAAGGACGUGGAUUAGUGUCAAGGAGCUGCUUGGUCGGAGGUUUUCUGUAACCAGAAGGAUUUGGCCUUAUAUGCUUUCAAUAACAAUGACAUAUUUCAUCACGCUGUGCCUCUUUCCUGGUCUGGAGUCAGAGUUACGCAACGAUAUAAUGGGAGAGUGGCUGCCCAUUCUCACCAUGGCUCUGUUUAACGUGGCCGACUUUGUGGGCAAGAUCUUGGCCGCUUGUCCCUAUGAGUGGGGUGGGGUUCAGCUGCUGGUGUGCUCCUGUUUGCGAGUUCUCCUUUUGCCUCUGUUCAUGAUGUGUGUGUCACCCGUUCAACGUCCCCUGCUGACGCACCCGGCCUGGCCGUGCAGUCUCUCUUUGCUCCUGGGUGUCAGUAACGGAUAUCUCGGCUCUGUGCCAAUGAUACAGGCAGCUGGCCAGGUGCCACUUCAACAGCGAGAAAUAGCAGGAAACACAAUGACUGUAUCCUACAUGGCUGGACUGAUGCUCGGGUCUGUCGUAUCCUAUUCGACGUAUAGUCUGACUUUAAAAGCACACUUUAUUCAGACGCUGAAGCUCAACGACACACAUACACUACAGAGCUACAUGCCAGGAAGGUUCGGCUGGUGAGGCAUGGCGAGAUGAAAUCUGUCUGAUGGACCAAUAUCCAAAAAUGUUUCAACAUCCAAAACACUGACCAGCAAUGGUGAACUUUUUAACAGGGAUGUUGGAUCAAAUAAAGCGUAUCCAGAUAUUUAUAUUAAACCAUCCAUUUAUACCUAUCCAGAUAUUUACAAUAAAUAUAAAUUAUAACAUAAAACUACCAUUUAAAUUGAUUUCUGGGUCUGUAUGAUUUGUACAUCUUAUUUUGGCUGGGUGGCUUGUGUCCUUUCCUGUUCCUCUCUCCAUCAUGUUCAGUCUUUUCUACACUGCCUGUUACAAAGUGUAAUAAAUUCCAUCUAAAAAAGAGGGCUUGUGUUGUGUCUGGGAGAAAUAAUUCAAGACUUGUAGAAACUUGGAGCAAUUCAGAAACAUCAUUAUUUUUCAUAUCUUUCUUCUAUUACAUUAGGUAAAAAUAUACAAAUCAGGUACAAAUAAAAACACUUUAUUUCCCACUAAAAGUGGAGAUCUUCAACGAAACUAUUACAAAAAACUUUUUUUGACAUUUACACUCAUUGAGACAAAGUUUUAUAA